AUGGCAGUCAAUGAAAUAUUCCAGUACUCCAUCAUCUCAGCCCUCAUGGACGGCGUUGCUUCCAAGGGCCUGCCCGUCUCUGACCUCAUCUCCCAUGGAAACCAAGGUCUAGGAACGUUCCGCUACAUGGUCGGCGAGAUGAUCAUCCUCGACGGAAAGCUCUACCAAAUGAAGUCGGACAACACCGUGACACCAAUCGACACGAGCCCAGCCUCCGACGCAGUCGCCCCCUUCGCCAUGGUCACCCGCUUCCAGCCCACGGCAACGAUCAAGGCCGCUUUCAGCAACAAAAAGGAGCUCUUUAAGCACCUCUCCCAGGAUUUCCCCGACUCGAAGAACUUUUUCCUCGCCAUCAGGAUCGAGGGUGUAUUCAAGGGUAUCACGGUGCGGACGGCCGGCGGCCAGAGCAAGCCCGGUGAGAGCCUGGUUGAGGUCGGCAAGCACCAGGCGUCGCAUACGUUUGAGGAGCCGGUGAGGGGUACCGUCGUUGGCUUCAGGUCGCCAGAGUAUACCAUGGGCAUCAGCGUCGCUGGUGACCACCUGCACUUCAUCACUGAGGACCGGACUCAGGGUGGACACAUUCUGUCUUUUGGUACGGACGGCGAGGUCGAGAUUGGUGCCGCGCAGAUUUCAAAGUGGCACGUCGAGCUGCCGACGAAUGAUCCAGAGUUCAAUAAGGCCGCUCUGGAGGGCGACAAGGAGGGCAUUGCUGCUGUGGAGGGUUAA